AUGGAGACCACCUUCAUCACCAUUCAUGACCUCACCCGCGAGGCCCGCGUUCUGUACUCCUCUGACUCCAUCGUCGAUAUUCUCGGACACACUCCCGAUGAGGUUGUCGGCAAAUCCUGCUGGGACUUUUUCCACCCGGAAGAGAUUCCCUUUGCGAAGGACUUCCACAGCCGUGGCGUGAAGCUUGACAAGGCUGCCGUCUUGGCUUAUUGCCAGAUCAGGAACCGCGAUGGUGCCUGGGUCGGUUGCGAGUGCUGUUUCUCCGUCGUCUACGAUGUGAUGGUGUGCUGCACCAGUGUCUAUCGCCGAGGCAUGACCAGCCAGAAGCGCGCGGUCGAGGCACCAAUUGUCCGCAAGCUGUUCUCGUCCUCGCCGAAGGACCCGAGGUACCACAUGCUGUCGCAUCUGUCGGCCAAGUUCAAUCUUGGUCCUAAGCAGCAAACUCACGAACCGCGUGCCGCUCUUUUCCUCAAUCGCUUCACCCGCACUUUGACCGUCAUGUAUGCCACCAGUGGCAUUGAGCAAGUCAUCGGCAUCCCCUCUGAGGAGAUGAAAGGCAAGAGCUUCUACUACUGCAUUCAGGAAAACUGCUUGCAGGAUGCCGUCCGAGUGCUGGAAACCGCCAAGGGCAACGACUCCAUCGCCUAUCUCCGCUUCCAUUUCCGCGAUCCCCGUGUUCGCCCGAACCAUGAUGCGCUGGGCGCGUCGGACGAUGACGGCACGGACGAAGCCAUGACGGAUGUCACCGAAGACGAGGACGAGGGUGGUGUUGACGUCGGAGAGGAAAACGUCGGAACUCCUCCAGCCCUCGUUACUGAUACCUCCACGAGCACCUCGGGUGUGGACACCGACAACCCAAGCACCUCUAACGAUGAGGGACGCAUCUCUUCGAACAACAGUAGUGCGCGUAGGUUGAACGAAGGUCCUCUGCCUCGGUCGUACAACUCAUCUCAAGCACCAACUUCGCCAUCCACCAAUGGUCAUGAAGAUCUGAUCGAACUUGAGGCUGUCGUCUCUUGCACUUCGGAUGGCCUUGUUGUCUGCCUGCGUCGUGCUCGCCCUCUCAUGCCACCCUCGGCACAGCCUCCUCGAGUCGACCAGCCCGCUUAUGCUAACGGCAUCUUUGCCGCCCCAUGGGCUCCUGAGCCUGUUUUUCUACCUCCCCUGCCCAACGCGUAUGCCAAUGCCGCGCGGAUGGGUCUGAUGGGUCAACCGCAGCAGGCUGCAGCCGCAGGUGGUCCAGAUGGGGUUUGGGGCCAUGGCGGCCCCACAGCAAAUGAUUUCAUGCAGAGCAUCCGCGAUGUUGCGGUUUUUGCCUGGGCCCUGACGGGUAUCAACGGCAGUCUUACAGACUACUCUCGCGGGAAACCAAUGGGCGAGUCUCAGCCACCGGAUGGUUUCCCUAUCUGGAGUCCUCAUGGCAACGGCCAUGGAGACCGCAUCAGAGUCGAUAGCGGAAGUAGCGGAAGCUCGAUGAACGGUAUUACCAGGGACCCAUUUGGUGACCCAGGCCUUGAUGGAAAGCGGUUUGGCGCUUAG